UUUAAUUUGGCGCAAAAACAUUUCGUAAUAUUGUAUACCGCUUCGACCGUUGCACGCAUCAGCCUCAAGACGUUUAUUUAAGCCUGUUUUCUUGACAAGCGCAUACAGCGCUACCGUAAAAAGCCGUCCAGCGGUCAUUUUAGGAUUCGUGUGUUAUCCGCGUAUCAGGAUUGACUUCCCAUCUUGAUUGCCGCUAUGACGCUCACUGUGUUUAGCCUGUGCUACGUGCUUGUCAGUGCAGCUGGAAUUGCGCAUGUCGUUGCGCUUGCUGCUCAGUCGGGAUCCUAUGGCGGAUCUUCCGGUAUUGGCAGCUUGGGACAAUCCAGCUACGGCAGUGGUGGAUUGAGUCCAGGUGGCGGAUCAUAUGGUAGCACCAUUGGUAAUCAAGGCAGUUAUUCCAGCGGUAACCAAUUGAGCGUGGAUCGUGGUGGUUUCGGCGGGAGCGGACAGGGUGGAUCGUACGGCUCCGGAGGCCAAAGCGGAGGUAGCUACGGAAGCGGCCAACAAGGCCUGGUCACUAGUCUGAUCGGCGGCAGUGGAAACGCUUACGGCGGCACCGGCACGGGCAGCAGCGGAUCCGGUUCAUACGGCAGCUCGGGAAAUAUCGGCACCGGAAGUGGCAGCUAUGGUGGUACGGGCGGUAUUGGAUCCGGAGGUUCGUAUGGCAGUUCCGGAAAUCUGAUUGGCACCGGAAGUGGAUCAUACGGUGGUAGCGGAUCGCACGGUAUAUCCAGCGGUAUUGGCAGCGGCAGCUACGGAAACCAGGGAAUUGGUGGAAUUGGCGGCGGUUCAUAUAGCGGACAAAGCGGACUAGGCAGCAGCGGUUCGUACGGAGGUCAAGGAGGCCUCAGCGGUGGAAUUGGAUCGGGAUCUUACGGCGGCGGUCUGAACAGCGGUUCGCACGGAAUUUCCGGAGGAAUUGGAGGUAUUGGUGGCGGGUCAUACGGUGGUCAGGGAUCUCUGGGUGGUGGAUUUGGCACGGGGUCAUUCGGUAACUCGGGUCAUGGUGUGUCGGGCGGUUUGGGCGGUAUCGGUGGCGGUUCGUAUGGUGGUCAAAACUUGAUAAGCGGUGGAUUAGGUGCGGGAUCGUAUGGCGGCACAGGCUCUGGCUCGUAUGGAAGCUCUGGAAACCUUAUCGGUAGCAGCGGAAACUAUGGCGGAAGCAGCGGUCUGGGUGGAUUCCAAGGUUCUGGAAACCUUAUCGGAGGCCUGGGUGGCUCGUCUUACGGUGGAAACAGCGGAACUGGUGGGAUUGGUGGCGGAAACUACGGCUCCACUGGGGGCAUCGGGCAACAAGGAGGAUCGUACGGCGGCUCCGGGAGUUCUGGAGGAUCCUACAGCGGGUCCAGCUUGGGAGGAAAUUUGGGAGGAAUUGGUGGCAUCGGAAGUGGCUCAUAUGGCAGCACCGGCGGCGGACACGGUACCGGUACCGGCAGCGGCUCAUACGGUGGAUCCAGUGGACAGAAUCUGAUCAGCAGUGGACUGUUCGACGGUAUCCGCGGCGGUUCAGGAAGCUUCCUUGGCGGUCAGACAGGCGGUUCCUAUGGUGGACAGGGUUCCCAGGGCGGUCUCAUUGGUGGCCAGUCGGGAGGCUCUUAUGGCGGUCAAAGCGGUCAAGGAAGCUCUGGAUACAGCGGACAGUCCGGUAUCGGCGGUAUCGGUGGUCUGGGAUCAUAUGGAACCAAUGGUAUCGGUAACGCCGGCUCGUACAGCGGUCAGUCUGGACUGGGGAACAUCGGUGGCAUCUUCAGCUCGUACGGAGUCCAGCCGACCCUUGUCGGCACCGGCAUCAGUUCCAUCAGCGGUCAACCUGGCUCGUACCAGACCUUUGGAUUGCAGAGUGGUGUCGGCAACCUUCCCACUACGUACACCAGCACCAGCACAACGUAUGGUAGCGGCCAGGGUCUGGGAUCGGGAUCCUCCUACGGCGGUAGUGGAACUUCCGGUCUGUUUGGUAACACCGGCAGCCAUGGCGGCCAAGGAAGCGGAUCGUUUGGUAACCUUUUGUCCGGUAACACACAAGGUGGUUCGUACGGAGGACAAGGUCUUGGACAGGGUUUCGGCAACCAAGGCAGUCUAGGAGUGUCAUACAGCGGCAACAAUCUGGGAAGCAAUUUCGGACAAAACGGACUGGGUUCCUCAUUCUUCAGCGGGCAAAGCGGUUUGGGAUCGUACGGCGGGUCAUCGGGUUCCGGUAAUUACGGGGGUCAAGGUGGACUGAACAGUGGUGGACUCCACGGUAACCAAGGUAUCGGCAGCUCGGGAAGUUAUGGCGGCAGCAUCGGUGGUGGAUUGCAGGGUGGAAAUUACGGCGGUAGCAGCCAGAUGGGAUCUGGACUGGGCGGGCAGUACGGAGGAGGUCAAGGAACAAUCGGCGGCAUCGGUGGCACCGGAAGUUAUGGCGGCAACACCGGUAUCGGCAUCGGUCAACAAGGAAGUUACGGAUCCGGUCAAAGCGGUCUCGGGUUAAAUUCACACGGUAAUCAAGGAAUCUCCGGGCAAGGAUCAUACAGUAACCAGGGUCAAGGUAACCAAGGCUUUUUCGGUUCCCAAGGAUCAUACGGUGGGAAUCAGGGCAUUAGCGGGCAAGGGUCAUACGGAAACCAAGGAAGUUUCGGGAAUAUCGGCUUCGGUAACAGCGUAAGCGGUGGUUCUUACGGCAGCGGACAGGGCAUCGGAUCCGGCGGACACGGAAUCGGGUCGGGAAGCGGAAGUUAUGGAGGCAGCCAGGGCGGUCUGACCGGCGGGCAGGGCAGCUAUUCGGGCCAGUCGACGGGGUUUGGGCAAGGGCUCGGUGGAUUCGGAAACCAGCCACUAUCCGGCACUGGCGGCAGUUAUGGCGGCAGCUCUGGCCAGCUCGGACUGGGAAAUGGCAGUAUACAGUACGCAACCCAAGGCCAUGGGAGUGGCGCUUCCUACGGCAUGAACGUUGGACAAGGUGGUAACUACGGCAGCGUUGGUCUCCAGGGCGGUAACUAUGGGAGCGGCUCGAGCGGCGGUGGCGCGCAGUAUCGCUCCGCUUUGGGCCUUCCAGCGAAACUUACCUCACGUCCCGUGCAAAGCGGCACCACAAAAGCCACAUCAAUUAACAAUUAAUAAUAUCGAUGUGUAAAGCGAUUGCGAAUUUCAUAACCACCGCAGCCGCUUGUGAAUGAAUAUCAAAUUUCUGGAUGUUCCGGCAAUGUUAACGUUAUCGCUUAAUGUUAUGUUCACUGCCUGUUUAUGAAAUCAAGUGUAUAGUACGAUGUAAUUAAAACUAAAUA